AUGAGGAAUCACACAGAGCUGAGUGAGUUCAUUCUGUUGGGAAUACCUGCCAAGGGACUGGAGACUAUGCUCUUUGUUAUCUUCUCAUUUAUCUACUUCUUCACCUUGAUUGGCGAUUUACUCAUCCUCAUAGCCAUCGUUUCUUCCUCUAUCCUUCACACUCCCAUGUAUUUCUUCUUGGGAUUCCUAUCCAUUUUUUACAUAUUUUUCCCUUCUGUAACUUGUCCCAAGAUGCUUUUCUGUCUCUCUGGUCAGAGCCAAGCCAUCUCUUAUAAAGGGUGUGCUGCACAACUCUUCUUCUAUCAUUUCCUGGGUUGUGCCGAAGGCUGCCUCUACUCUGUAAUGGCCUAUGAUCGCUUUGUGGCCAUCUGUCAUCCUUUGAGGUAUAUGCUUAUCAUGAAACCCAGGGUCUGUGUGGGUUUGGUCAUGGGGGCCUGGUUGGUGGGUUGUUUUGAUGCCACCAUAUUGACUUCCUUUACCUUUCAGUUAAUCUACUGUGGCCCCAAUCAGGUGGACUACUUCUUCUGUGACAUUCCUGCUAUCUUACCGUUGGCUUGUGCUGACAGCUCCCUGACCCAGAGGGUGGGUUUCACUAAUGUUGGCCUUCUGGCUUUAAUGCUUUUGCUCAGUAUUUGUGUCUCCUACACCCGCAUUGGAAUGGCCAUUUUAAGGAUCUGUUCAGCAGAAGGUAGAAAGAAAGCAUUCGCCACCUGCAGUGCCCACCUUACUGCAAUACUCUGUGCCUAUGGACCUGUAAUCAUCAUCUAUCUGCAGCCCACACCCAAACCCUUGCUUGGGGCUGUGGUGCAAAUAUUAAAUAAUCUUGUCUCACCCAUGCUGAACUCAUUAAUCUAUUCUUUAAGGUACAAAGAAGUAAAAAAGUCCCUGAAAAGGGUAUUCCACAAUGUAGUAUUUACUGUUCUGGAAUAA